GAACGUCAUCAGCCGUUGACGGAAGAAGGUCGGUCACGCUGUAGAAAGCUCCAGAUCAACAUGGCGACCUGUGUGAAGAUGCUCUGCGCUGCUCGGCAGCUGCACAGAAACUCGGCUCUGUUAGUGAAAAUGAAGUGUUCCUCCAUGGGGCUGAGGACCGGCAGUAGCCGGCCCCUCCUGCCCGACACAGUGCCAUCGCUGAGCCGCCUCCAGACGCCACGCUUCUACACCAGCACCGCGAUGACAGCUGGCUGCCGGCUGCCCGUCAGACCUCACCGCUGGAUGCGGGUCGGAGCCGCCGCUCUCCGGGGCCAAACCGAGCUCCUCACGCCGGCCAUUCGUCCCUUCGUGGUUCAGGACAGGAUGUUCGGGAACCGGGCCAGCGGUGCGGGCUUCUCCGGGGAGGACGGCGGGGACAGUGCGGGCUCUGGGGGAGAAGAGUCUGGGGGAGAGGGGGGAGCUCCGUACAGUGGACCCCAGAUGACGGCUCUCACACCCAUGAUGGUUCCGGAGGUGUUCCCCAAUGUGCCGCUGAUCGCUGUGAGCAGGAACCCGGUGUUCCCCCGCUUCAUCAAGAUCAUAGAGGUGAAGAACAAAGCGCUGAUGGAGCUGUUGAGGAGGAAGGUUCGCCUAGCUCAGCCGUACGCUGGAGUCUUCCUGAAGAGAGAUGAUAAUAAUGAGUCCGAUGUGGUGGAGUCUCUGGACGCCGUCUACUCUACAGGGACCUUUGUCCAGAUCCAUGAGAUGCAGGACCUGGGGGACAAGCUGAGGAUGAUCGUCAUGGGACACCGCAGGAUCCGGAUCAACCGGCCGCUGGAGGUGGAGCCUGAGGAGGCAGCGGUGUCCCCUCUGUGGACCGAGUCUGAGUCCGAGUCCCAACACAAACCGCCACAGAGACGCAAAGCCAAACGCAGCCGCAAGGACCAGCCGGGGUCGGUGACGGAGCAGCUGGAGGACAAGGUGGCAGACGCAGACCUGAGUCCAGAGCUGCAGCCUCUGUCCUCCGCCAACAUCCUGAUGGUGGAAGUGGACAACAUCCAGCAUGAACAGUUCACCGUCACAGAGGAGGUCAAGGCGCUGACAGCCGAGAUAGUGAAGACCAUCAGAGACAUCAUCGCUCUGAACCCCCUCUACAGAGAGUCGGUCCUCCAGAUGAUGCAGGCUGGUCAGAGAGUGGUUGAUAAUCCCAUCUACCUCAGCGACAUGGGAGCAGCUCUGACAGGAGCAGAGUCGCAGGAACUACAGGACGUCCUGGAAGAGACCAAUAUCCCGAAGCGUCUCUACAAGGCUCUGUCUCUGCUGAAGAAGGAGUACGAGCUCAGCAAGCUCCAGCAGCGACUGGGCCGAGAGGUGGAAGAGAAGAUCAAGCAGACCCACAGGAAGUACCUGCUGCAGGAGCAGCUCAAGAUCAUCAAGAAGGAGCUGGGUCUGGAAAAAGAGGACAAAGAAGCUAUCGAGGAGAAGUUUAGAGAGCGUCUGAAAGACAGGACUGUCCCGCAGCACAUCAUGGACGUCAUCAACGAAGAACUGAACAAACUGGGACUGCUGGACAACCAUUCGUCAGAGUUCAAUGUGACCCGUAACUACCUGGACUGGCUAACCAGCAUGCCCUGGGGUGUCAACAGUGAAGAGAACCUGCUGCUGGACAGAGCCAAAGAGGUUCUGGAAGAAGACCAUUAUGGGAUGGAUGACGUUAAGAAGCGCAUAUUGGAGUUCAUCGCAGUGAGCCAGCUGCGCGGCUCCACCCAGGGGAAGAUCCUGUGUUUCUAUGGCCCUCCGGGUGUAGGGAAGACCUCCAUCGCCCGCUCCAUCGCCCGGGCCCUCAACAGAGAGUACUUCAGGUUUAGCGUGGGAGGCAUGACCGACGUGGCGGAGAUUAAAGGACACAGGAGAACGUAUGUUGGAGCGAUGCCAGGGAAGAUUAUCCAGUGCCUGAAGAAAACCAAGACGGAGAACCCUCUGGUGCUGAUAGAUGAGGUAGAUAAGAUGGGGCGCGGUUACCAGGGCGAUCCAUCGUCUGCUCUGCUGGAGCUUCUGGACCCUGAACAGAACGCCAACUUCCUGGACCACUACCUGGACGUUCCGGUGGAUUUGUCAAAGGUUUUGUUUAUCUGCACGGCCAACGUGAUAGACACGAUCCCAGAGCCCCUCCGGGACAGGAUGGAGAUGAUCAAUGUGUCUGGAUACGUGGCCCAAGAGAAACUGGCUAUAGCUCAGAAUUACCUGGUCCCUCAGCUGCGCACCCGCUGUGGUCUGACGGAGGAGAAGGCCUCCAUCUCCUCUGAAGCCCUCAGUCUGCUCAUCAGGCAGUACUGCAGGGAGUCUGGAGUCAGGAACCUGCAGAAACAAGUGGAGAAGGUUUUCCGUAAGGUGGCGUUCUGCAUAGUCAGCGGUGAACAAACCGCAGUGACCGUUACGCCCGACAACCUGCAGCUCUACGUGGGCAAACCUAUUUUCACUGUGGAUCGAAUGUAUGAUGUCACCCCUCCAGGAGUGGUUAUGGGGCUGGCAUGGACUUCUAUGGGAGGGUCCACGCUGUUUAUCGAGACUUCACUACGGCGUCCUACUGGAGGAGCAGAGACUAAAGGAGAGGGCUCACUGGAGGUGACAGGUCAGCUUGGCGAUGUGAUGAAGGAAAGUGCGAAGAUCGCUUCCACCUUUGCCAGAGCCUUCCUGAUGACCCAGGAACCAGAUAAUCACCUACUAGUCAACUCCCACCUGCACCUGCAUGUCCCUGAGGGGGCGACUCCCAAAGACGGACCAAGCGCUGGCUGCACCAUCGUCACAGCACUGUUGUCCCUGGCAACCAACCGACCGGUGCGGCAGAAUGUAGCCAUGACUGGAGAAGUGUCACUGACGGGCAAAAUACUGCCAGUAGGGGGAAUCAAAGAGAAAACCAUUGCUGCCCGCCGUGCUGGUGUGACGUGCAUCAUUCUGCCCAAUGAGAACAGGAAAGACUUCUCUGACCUGCCCGACUACAUCACCGAGGGCCUGGAGGUCCACUUCGUGGAUCAUUACAGACAAAUGUACCCCAUCGUCUUCCCACAGGACCAGUCUUAACACGCAUUAACUACAGAGCUAAAACCACAGCAAGGUGGACCAGGACUUGUUUUUAAACUACAUCAAAACCUGUUUAGUUACCACAUACUGUAGUAACACGCACUUUGGACCCCAAGGUCCGGCUGUUGAGAUCGGCGUUACAUUAUCUGUUCCAAAAACCAGCAGGAACAGCUGGACAUAGAAUGCUGUUUCAGCCGCUGUAGGAGGACCGACGUGUGACUGAAUUCAACCGGAACCACCCAGCCAACUGUGCCAAGGAUGUCCUACGUAAUGAAGUCAGGUGAUGAUGAACACUGGCCGCUCGCCACAGGAUAUGAUGUCAUGGACGAGCAGAGGUAGAGGUGGCAGCUCUCUUUAUAAACGGCUGUGGACGGACUCUUUCACAGAUUUCUUAUAUCAUUAUAUAUUGUUGGUGAUGAUUGAUGAUAAUGUCGAUUAAAAAAUUAAAGUUGUAAACAA